AUGGGUGGAUACAGAUCUGUGUGGCAUACACUUCGACUUGACGGGAUUCAAGUUCCUCGACAAGUAGUUGCAACAGUCGUGAGGGAACUCGACCCCUUGGGUUGUAAGAUGAGGAAAGGGAAACGACUGAAAAGAAGGAAAUAUUAUGCUCCAGGUCCUAACUUUUGCUGGCACAUUGAUGGAUAUGACAAAUUAAAACCUUUUGGUUUUCCUAUACAUGGCUGUAUCGACGGCUGGAGCAGAAAGAUUAUGUGGUUACAAGUAGCGCGUUCAAACAAUAAUCCUGAAGUUCCAGCGAAGAAUUUCUUAGAGUGUGUUACUGAAUACGGCGGUUGUUCAGUCAAAGUGCGUAGCGAUUGUGGCACUGAAAAUGGUGUCUUGGCGGCAAUACAGUGUGAAUUUAGAGGUACAGCUGAUGCACAUGUGUUUGGAUCGUCUCCUUCUAAUCAGAGGAUUGAAGGGUGGUGGUCGUUCUAUAGAAGGAAUCGUUCUACUUGGUGGAUCAACUACCUCAAAGAUUUGAUUGAAAAAGAUGAAUUUCACCCAGGAAACCAGUUAGAGGAAGAAGCUUUGUGGUAUUGCUUUUCUAGAAUUCUGCAAGAAGACCUGGACUUAGUAAGAGAACACUGGAACACCCACCGCAUCCGGGACUCUAAGCAUGACACUGUGCCUGGUAGACCUGAUGAAUUAUUUCUUUUACCAGAGUGUAAUGGGGGAAUUGAUGGGCUACUUCUUCCAGUUUCUACUGAGAAACUACGUUUUGUGUCAGACAACUUGUUAGAGCAUGAAGAUGAAAUUAACGAAUUUCAGAAUUACUUUGACUACAUUACGGCUAACAGCAGCUUUCAUCUACCAAGCAACUGGAGAGAGGCAGAAUGGUUGUAUCUGCAAUUUGUUAGUAUUGCUACCCAGCAGAUGAUGAACAACUGCCUUUAA